AUGUCGUCCGUGUCGUCCCCAUCUUUUGCGGGUAUGUCCGGCAGGAAACUUUCCCUGACCGUGUCUACCAUCGCUACUAUGGGUUUCUUGCUCUUCGGUUAUGAUCAAGGUGUCAUGUCUGGUAUCAUUAACGCUACCGAUUUCGACAAUGUCUUCACUGCCGCCAGGGGCGACUCCACCAUGCAGGCCCUGAUCACCGCUGUCUACGAGGCCGGUUGUUUGUUCGGUGCUAUGUUCGCCCUGUUUACUGCUGACUGGUUCGGCCGUCGUCGUAUGGUUAUGCUCGGUGGUUCUAUUAUGGUCAUUGGUGUCAUUAUUCAGGUUACUUCCUUUGUGGGCCACAUUCCUCUGCUGCAGUUCAUGUUCGGCCGUAUCAUCACUGGUGUCGGUAACGGCAUGAACACCUCCACUAUCCCCACCUACCAGGCUGAGUGCUCCCGUACCAGCAACCGUGGUCUGCUUAUCUGUAUCGAGGGUGGUAUCAUUGCCAUCGGUACGGCUAUUGCCUACUGGAUCAACUUCGGUGCUUCUUACGGUCCUCCCGCCCUUACCUGGCGUUUCCCUAUUGCUUUCCAGAUUGUCUUCGGUAUUGUCAUCGUCGUUGGCAUGUACUUCCUUCCCGACUCCCCUCGCUACCUCAUCUCCCGUGGUAAGAUCCACGAGGGUGAGUAUGUCCUGGCUGCCCUUGCUGGCUGCGAGAUUGACUCCCCUGAGACUCAGCUCCAGAAGCAACUGGUUAUCGAGUCAAUUGAGGCUGCUGGUGCCGCUGAGGGUUCUGGCUACAGCGAUCUCUUCACUGGUGGUCGCACCCAGCACUUCCGCCGUAUGCUUAUCGGUUCCUCCUCUCAAAUCGCCCAGCAGCUGUCUGGUUGCAAUGCUGUCAUCUACUACCUGCCUGUUCUAAUGGAAGACUCCCUUGGCAUGGAUACUACCCUGGCUAUGAUUCUCUCCGGUGUCAACAUGAUCAUCUACGCCAUCUUCGCCACCUUCUCCUGGUUCUUUAUCGAGAAGAUCGGUCGUCGCAAGCUCUUCCUUGCUGGUAUGGGUGGUCAGACCGUUUCUAUGGUUAUUGUCUUCGCCUGUCUGAUCCCCGGUGGAACCGGUCCUUCUAAGGGUGCCGUCUUCGGUCUCUUCUUGUAUAUGGCUUUCUUCGGUGCUGCUAUGCUUCCUCUGCCUUGGUUGUACCCCGCCGAGAUCUCGCCUAUCCGUACUCGUGCCAAGGCCAACGCUGUUUCUACUUGCUCUAACUGGCUUUUCAACUUCACUGUCGUCAUGAUCACCCCUGUUAUGCUUAGCUCUAUCGGCUGGGGUACCUACCUGUUCUUCGCCUGCUGGAACGCCUUCUUCAUCCCCAUCAUGUACUUUUUCUACCCCGAAACCGCUGGUCGCAGUCUGGAGGAGAUUGAUAUCAUCUUCGCCAAGGGUUACUGUGAGAAGAUCAGCUACGUCCGUGCUGCUCGUGAGCUUCCCAAGCUCACUGAUGAGGAGGUUGAGCAGAAGGCUCUGGAGUAUGGCUUCGGUGAUCUUGGUCACCCUGAGGAUAUGGAGAAGGGCAACGGCCGCUCCUCUUCCUCUGAUGAGCAGAACCACCAGGAGGAGUUCAACACCACCACUCUUGAGGAGAAAUAG